CCCAGCUUGCUGCUUCUUCCCAGUCUUGGGUUCAAGAUCUUGACAACCAUGAAACUUCUCAUCCUUACCUGUCUUGUGGCUGUUGCUCUUGCCAGGCCUAAACAUCCUAUCAAGCACCAAGGACUCUCUCCAGAAGUCCUCAAUGAAAAUUUACUCAGGUUUGUUGUGGCGCCUUUUCCAGAAGUGUUUAGAAAGGAGAACAUCAAUGAACUGAGUAAGGAUAUUGGGAGCGAAUCAACUGAAGAUCAAGCCAUGGAAGAUGCUAAGCAAAUGAAAGCUGGAAGCAGUUCGUCAAGUGAGGAAAUUGUUCCCAAUAGUGCUGAGCAGAAGUACAUUCAAAAGGAAGAUGUGCCCUCUGAGCGUUACCUGGGUUAUCUGGAACAGCUUCUCAGACUGAAAAAAUACAACGUGCCCCAGCUGGAAAUUGUUCCCAAUAGUGCUGAGGAACAACUUCACAGUAUGAAAGAGGGAAACCCUGCCCACCAGAAACAGCCUAUGAUAGCAGUGAAUCAGGAACUGGCCUACUUCUACCCUCAGCUUUUCAGACAAUUCUACCAGCUGGACGCCUAUCCAUCUGGUGCCUGGUAUUACGUUCCACUAGGCACACAAUACACUGAUGCCCCCUCAUUCUCUGACAUCCCUAAUCCCAUUGGCUCUGAGACCAGUGGAAAGACUACUAUGCCACUGUGGUGAAGAGUCAAGUGAAUUCUGAGGAACUCCACAAUUAUGGUCUUUGAUGGGAUUGAAAAUUCCAUCCUCUACAUGUCUUUUCAUCUAUCAUGUCAAACCAUUCUAUCCAAAGGCUUCAAUUGCUGUUUUAGAAUAGGAC